AUGCUUAAUUUUUCCGCUACCUACCUCCUAGAGAAUCAAACUAUCUGGGAAAAGAUAGCCCACCUAGUUCUAUAUAGAAUUACCCUAGAAUUCUUUAAAGGAGAAGGGGGUCUAAAGCUCCUAAAAGAGGAAAUUGAGAUCUUUAACCCUAAUCUAAAAGAUCUACUUCCUAAAGACCUAAUCUGGCUAUUUAGAAAGGAGGAGCUAGAAACUAGAUCUAAAGGAUUAGCUCUAAUCUAUCUAAAAGAAAAGAUUACCCUAAGGCUUAUUCUAGUAAAUAAAGCUCUAAGGAAGAUUUUAGGUACUUUUAAGACUUCACCUACCUAUAAAAUAGAAAUAGAGGCCUCUAUACCUCCUAUAAGGUUAAAUCUUAACUAUCUAGAAGGAAAGAAAGGAAAGAAGGAGGAGGAAGACCUCGAAAAUCUAAUAGAGAUUAGAAUUUUACCUCUACCUAAAGAGGAAGUAAAAAAGGAGUACCUAGAACUUCUUAAAGAUAUUCUAAAAAGCCUAGAGAAUCUAAUUUACUAUUCUGAUAGAUCUAGAUUAGAAAAAGGAACUAUAGGAGCUAGAAUUUUUGAAUAUAUAACCUCUUAA